AUGGCCAUCCCCGUCGAGGAGGCCAUCGCCGCCCUCUCCACCUUCUCCCUCGAGGACGAGCAGCCAGAUGUACAGGGGUUAGCCGUGCUCCUGUCAAGUGAAAGAUAUGCAACUAAUAGUCCUAUCGAGUACAGCGAUGUUGCUGCUUAUCGUCUAUCAUUAGGGGAAGAUACAAAAGCAAUCAACCAGCUGAAUACUCUGAUUCAAGAGGGAAAGGAAAUGGCUUCUUUGCUGUACACAUACCGUAGCUGUGUUAAGGCGCUACCUCAGCUGCCAGAUUCAAUGAAGCAUAGCCAGGCAGAUUUGUACCUAGAAACAUAUCAAGUUCUUGACUUGGAAAUGAGUCGUUUACGUGAAAUUCAGAGGUGGCAAGCAUCUGCUGCUUCAAAGUUGGCAGCUGAUAUGCAGAGGUUUUCUAGGCCCGAGAGACUGGUCAAUGGACCCACAGUCACUCAUUUUUGGUCUAUGCUGAAAUUGCUUGAUGUCCUACUACAGCUUGAUCAUCUUAAGAAUGCAAAAGCAAGUAUACCUAAUGAUUUUUCAUGGUACAAGAGAACAUUUACUCAAGUAAGCACCCAGUGGCAGGACACUGACACUAUGAGAGAAGAGCUGGAUGAUCUUCAGAUUUUUCUGAGCACCAGAUGGGCCAUCUUGUUAAAUUUGCAUGCUGAGAUGUUUCGGACAAAUACUGUUGAGGACAUUCUACAGGUCCUUAUAGUAUUCUGUGUGGAGUCAUUGGAAUUAGACUUUGCUCUUCUUUUCCCUGAGCGUCACACCCUACUUCGUGUCCUCCCAGUUUUGGUUGUUCUAGCAACCUCAUCGGAGAAAGAGAGCGAGUCACUCUAUAAGAGAGUCAAGAUAAACCGUCUUCUCAAUAUUUUCAAGAAUGAUCCAGUUAUUCCGGCAUUUCCAGAUCUGCAUUUAUCCCCUGCUGCAAUGUUGAAGGAAUUGUCAUCAUAUUUUCAAAAUUUCUCCAGUCAAAUUCGUCUUCUUACUCUUCCAGCUCCCCAUGAAAUUCCUCCUCGUGAGCUACAAGAAUAUCCUUUCUGCCAAAGGCAUUACCUGAUUCUGAACCACAUGGGAACUAUAAGAGCUGAGCAUGAUGACUUCUCUAUACGUUUUGCCUCUGCAAUGAACCAGAUGAUAACAUUGAAGUCAUCAGAUGGUGCAGACAAUGACUGGUCUAGGGAUAUUAAGGGGAACAUGUAUGAUACUGUUGUGGAAGGCUUCCAGCUUCUUAGUCGAUGGACUGGCAGGAUCUGGGAACAGUGUGCUUGGAAAUUUUCACGCCCUUGCAAAGAGCCACCUAUUUCAGAUUCUCAACAAGACUCAGCGACAUUUUUUGACUACGAAAAGGUAGUACGUUGGAACUAUACUGCAGAAGAAAGAAGGGCCCUGCUUGAAUUAAUCGGUUAUAUAAAGAGUAUUGGAUUGAUGAUGCAACAUUGUGACACCUUGGUGUCUGAAGCUUUGUGGGAAACAAUACAUAUGGAGGUCCAGGAUUUUGUACAGGAUAAACUAGAUACAAUGCUUCGUACAUCAUUUCGGAAGAAGAAGGACCUUUCUCGGAUUCUCUCUGAUAUGCGAACCCUCUCCGCAGAUUGGAUGGCCAACACCAGCAAGGCAGACCCAGAGCAGCAUUCGCUACACCAAGAAACUGAGGAAAUGAGGCAAAGCACAUUUUACCCGAGACCAGUUGCACCAACAGCUGCACAGAUUCAUUGUUUGCAAUUUCUCAUCUGUGAGCUUGUAUCUGGUGGCAAUCUGAGAAAACCUGGAGGGCUAUUUGGGAAUAGUAGCUCUGGAAUACCUGUGGAAGAUCUUAAACAGCUAGAGACGUUUUUCUACAAGCUCAGUUUUUUCUUGCAUAUUUUGGACUUUACAGCAACGAUUGGUACUCUAACUGAUCUUGGAUUUCUUUGGUUUCGAGAGUUCUACCUGGAAUCUUCCCGUGUUAUCCAGUUUCCAAUCGAAUGUUCCCUCCCCUGGAUGCUGGUGGAUCAUGUCAUUGAAUCUCAAGAUGCUGGCCUUCUUGAAAGCAUUUUGAUACCACUUGACCUCUACAAUGACUCUGCUCAACAUGCACUAACUUAUCUCAAACAGAGAUUUCUCUAUGACGAAAUUGAAGCUGAGGUCGAUCUUUCCUUUGAUCUUCUGGUUCAGAAGCUUAAUGAGGUCAUCUUUACAUAUUAUAAGAGUUGUGCAGCAAGUACUCUUCUUGAUAGUUCAUUUACCUAUGCAUGUGAUGAUGGUGAGAAGUACUUUGUCAAACCCUUGAGAUUUGAUGCAAUUUUCAAGCUAAGAAGAGUCAUGAUCUUAGGGAGGACAAUUGACUUAAGAAGUCUAAUUACUCAGAGAAUGAACAAACUGUUCCGAGAAAAUAUCGAUUUCCUACUGGAGCGCUUUGAAUAUGGAGAUCUAUGCGGUGUUGUAGAACUACAACAACUACUGGAUAUUUUGGAGCUUACACAUCAGUCAAUAUCAAGAUUUCUUGAACUGGAUUCUUACUCUCUUAUGAUUAGUGAAAUGCAAGAGAACCUUUCACUGGUUUCUUAUUCGAGUCGCAUCUCUUCUCAGAUAUGGAAUGAGAUGCAAACAGAUUUCUUGCCCAAUUUCAUCCUGUGUAAUACUACACAACGGUUUGUGAGAUCAUUAAAAGGAGCUCAUCACUCUUCUCAGCGAUCAGAUGCUUCUACUGGGAAACCUUACUUCUACUGUGGAUCGCAUGAUUUGACAAUGGCAUACCAGGGUCUUGCUGGUCUGUACCGUGACUUCUUUGGGAUCCCUCACAUGUUUGCAGUUGUUAAACUUCUUGGUUCCAGAUCAUUACCUGGUAUUAUCCGUGCUUUACUGGAUCAUAUAUCAAGUAAGAUAACAGCUAUGGUGCCAAAAGUAACAGGAUUGCAAGAAGCACUGCCAAAGUCUAUUGGACUUCUUUCGUUUGAUGGUGGUAUAUCAGGCUGCCAGAAGAUAAUUCAUGAAAUAUUGACAUGGGAAGCGAAAUUAGAUGUGAAAGUUGAAGUUCUUCAUGACCUUAAGGAAAUUGGAAGUGCUUUGUAUUGGAUGAGCCUUCUGGACAUUGUUUUGAGACAAAUCGACACUACACAGUUCAUGCAAUCAGCUCCAUGGCUGGGAUUGGUACCAGGAAAUGAUGGGCAAGUGAAGCAUGCCUACUCUGAUAAUACUCCAUUUACCACACUGCUCAGUGCUGCCACCAGUGCAGUUGCAUCGAGUCCUGCAUGCGCAAAUCCAUCUUCAUAUUUUGUCAUGUCAAAGCAGGCUGAAGCUGCUAGCCUAUUGUACAAGUCAAAUCUCAACUCAGGGAGCGUGCUGGAGUACGCUCUUGCUUUCACAAGUGCUGCCCUGGAUAGACAUUACAGCAAAUGGAGUGCAACUCCAAAGACAGGUUUCAUUGACAUAACCACAUCGAAGGACUUCUAUCGUGUUUUUAGUGGUCUUCAGUAUAGCUACUUGGAAGAUAGCAUGACCAAUCCUUCAAAGAAACGAGAAAUGUUGGGCGACUCUGUAGCAUGGGCUGGUUGUACUAUCAUGUACUUACUGGGGCAGCAGCUGCAUUUCGAGCUUUUCGAUUUCUCCUACCAAUUUCUCAACGUGGCAGAAAUAGAAACCGCAACGGUUUCACUUUACCAACCUGCGGAUAGGAGCAAAAGCCCAAAUAUCUUCCAAGGCUACGAGGUCAUCCUUGAAGCGAUGAGGAAGGCUAGGAGGCUGAACAACCACGUGUUCUCCAUGUUGAGAGCGCGGUGCCCCCUCGAGGACAAGGUUGCGUGUGCCAUCAAGCCGAGUGGGGCGCCCCUUCACCGCAUGAAGUUUGGCAACACAGUUUCUGCAUUCGAGACAUUGCCACAGAGAGCGAACUCGUAG